AUGAAGAGCUUCACUGCUGUCCUCGUCGCCGGCUUCGCCGCCCUCGCUCAAGCUGUUAAGCUUACCAACAGCGACUUCAGCGUUACUGCUGGCGAGCCCUUCACCAUCACCUGGUCCGACGCCCAGGGCCCCGUCACUCUCACCCUGAAGAACGGCCCUAGCAACAACCUCAAGACCGUUACGGCCAUCACCUCUGGUGCCUCUGGUUCUUCCUUCACCUGGACUCCCUCUGCCAGCCUGCCCGCCGACACAUACGCCAUUGAGAUCACCGACGGCACCGAUACCAACUACUCUAACCAGUUCCCUAUUGUCGGUGCCUCUGGCACUGCUGUUGCCUCCGCCUCCGCCUCCGCCUCCGCCAGCGCUUCCGUCUCCGCUGCCGCCUCCUCUGCUUCCUCUGCUUCCAUCACUUCCGCUGCCACCACCAGCGCUGCCUCUGAGACUGCCUCUGUCACCGCCGCUGCCAACUCCACUACCGUCGAAUCUACCGUUACCACCAGCACCCGCGCCAGCACCCGCGUCUCCUCCACCACCAGUGGCUCCACCACUGCCCCCACCACUGUCCCUGGUGGUGACGCUGGCCGCAUUGGCUCCCCCAUUGCUCUCAUCGGCCUCACCAUCGCUGCCAUGCUCUACUUCCAGUAA